ACAGGUCGAAAUUUCUUCGCGCAUCUAUAUGUUUUUUGAAUGAACUUUGUCGCUGGGGAAUCCAACAAAUUGACGCCGCCAGAACGUCAUCACAAGCCCAGCUUAGGAAGCAGCACGCCCACUUCGGGGUCCUCGCAACCAACAGUUAUCAACAUCCUGCCUUCCACGUCGGCGGCCGCCGCAGCGGCGACAUAUUCUUUCGCGGGACAAGCGUCCUCAACAACAGCGGCAGAAGAUCCCGAAGAUUUGGACAACAUAGUUAACCCCGUUAUAACUGAUCAUAUGCUAUAUCUUUUUGCAACGUUUGAUAACAAAAUAGACGUGGGAAGGUUGAAAAGAAACAUACAAUUUUUGGAGCGCCCGGCACAUUUGGAUGAGAUGAUGAAUGGAAAGAUAAACUUACUACCCUCGUUAACUGUGUUUGUUAAUCAUCCCUUCGUUAUCCAUUUUGACGAAUACCAUCUAAAGCAUAUGCCCUACCUUAGGACACCCAGCGAUGAAGGAGACGUUAAAAUGAGGGCACUGGCAUUUUCUGCGUCUAACAUUGACGGCAGUAAUUUCAGAUUUGUUUAUAUCCGAGUGGAAAGUAACAAUUUUAUUCAGUAA